AUUUGUAAACGCCAACACGGCUGUAGAAAAGAUAAAAUCUAAUUAAAAUUGGUUUAUUUUAAGAAACUUUUCAGUUUAUUUCGAUCAUUUUUAGUUUAUUUGGAAGAGAAAUUUCGUUAAAAUCGAUAUAAAAAAAAUAUUUAAAUUCAUAAUUUGACAUUGUGCAGUAGCCAUGAAGGUUAUACAAGCUGUUUUUUUCAUGCUGUGCAGUGGCGCUUUUGCAGUAAAAUUUCCUACUGAUAUCCCAAAGUGCAAGAAAGGUGAUUCGGAAUGUAUGAUAAAAUCGGCUAACAUUGUGAUGAACAUCUACGCAAAAGGCGGUGAAAGAGGUAUCGCUUUACUCCCACUGGACCCUUUGGAUAUCCCCAAAAUAAAUAUUGAACAGGGUGAAGAGUCACCUGUGAAUGUGGUUUUAAAAUUCAGCAAUAACACAAUUACCGGUUUGAAAGAUUUCACUUUUUACAAAAUCGAAGGAUUUAACGAUAAACCAGAAGGAAAAUAUGAGAUUCGACUGAAAGGGCCUCGCCUUGAGCUGGUCGGACCUUAUUCGAUCCAAGGAAGAAUUUUAAUUUUGCCAAUAAGCGGAAUCGGACAGUCAAACAUAACAGUCGUGGAUCCCGAUUUCUUAGUUCGUUUCAAUGGGAAGACAGUAACCAAAAAUGGAAAGACCUAUUUAAAACCCGAAAAUACCAAACUUUCUUUCACGCUCACCAAAAUGAGUUUAUAUUUGAGCAAUUUAUAUAAUGGCGAUAAGGCGCUCGGCGACAACACCAAUUUGUUUCUGAAUGAAAAUUGGCAGGAAGUUUGGCCCGAGAUUAAGAAAUCAGUUUUUUUGGCCUUUGGACAAAUCGUUGACAAUAUAUUGUCGAAUAUUUUCACAAGAGUUCCGUACGAUGAUCUCUUUGAUAAUUCAGGAAAAAGUCCCUGAAUCACGAUCAGUUGUUUCAACAAGAAAACUUCAUUUUAGCUUAUGACUUCGAUAAUAAUAUAAGUAUUUCUAAAUCAUACUAAUAUCACAUUUCGGGAGAACAUUUUUCUGUUUUUUUUUUUCUGCUCAUUGUGUUUAUCAUAAUAAAGAGCUAUAAAAUUAAACAA